AUGCCGCCACGGCACGCGCAGACACGGGGAGGCGCAACGCCCGACUUGUCCCAACGACCUCCUCCCGUCCUUCACGACCGUAACGCGAUCCACGAGAACACGCAUUCACCCAAGCAACGCCAGCAGCAGCAGCAACACGCGCUGUCGCAGCCUCCUCACGAGCCUCCCACCCGGCUCUCAACCCCGUCUUCGCAGCACAAAUCACUCCGCCGGACCCCAAAGUUCGACUCUGCGCCCAAGCCCCAGCCCCAGCCGGAGCGCCGCGUCCACAUCGCCGCUGCCUCGGCCGGCUUCUACCCCAGCAUCGCAUCCUUUGCCGACUCCGACUCGUCCAUCACCGGGCUUGGGCUGUCGCUGUUCGACGAAGCUGACGGGGAGAAGCGCCCGCAGUCUCGGUCCCAGACCCAGCGAUCGCGUGAGGAUCCCCCGAAAGCCCAGAAUCCGGAGGCUUCCAGUGACGUCGCGCAGUCGAGGCAUCUGCUUAAGACUCCUCGCAUCUCCAAGCACACUCACGACGCGAUCCUUUUCGCUCUAGAGGAGGCCCUUCGCGGACCUCACCCCUUCACAGCAGACGAGGUCGAAGAAUCCGCCAGCAUGUCCGACCUGAUGACCGGUGGCCUUCCAGCCACUUCCAACGGCGCCGCCCUCGCUCCUGGUCGCAUGCCGGCCGCUGCGCCCGCGCCCACAAGCUCACCAUCGGGCAUUAGGGGUCCUAGGAUGAUCAUGCAGGAGCGGGCAGCCAGAGAAGCGCGCCAGAGGGCAGAAGCCAGGCAGAGAGCCGAAGUUGAGCAGCAGGCACUGGAGAAGAGUCGCGCCGAACAGGAGGCGCGCGUGCAGCAGGAAACGGAGCGUCGCAAUGCGGAGCGGCGCGCUGCUGGCGUUGCUGCUGGCCAAGGCGGCAUGGCUGCCGAUGGCCAGCACCCUCUUAAUCCUUCACACAUGGGCCAAACCACCCUGGACCCGUCAUCACAUCCUUCGCGAGCUGCCGUCCCACCCAACCAGGCCCUCCCGCCCCAGCAGCAGCGUCCGGCGCAGAUGGCUGGCAAUCAGCAGCACCAACACCACACCCCUCCCCAGGCGUUCCCGGCCGGGAACCCAGCGGCAGCGCAACAGCACGGAGAGACGGCUGUCGAUCCCACCAAGCCGCGCAACUCGUUUCCCCAUGCGUUUGAACGGUGGGAGACGCUGUCUGCCCACUGGGAAGGACUGACGAGCUACUGGAUCCGCAAGCUCGAGCAGAACAAGGACGACAUCAACCGCGACCCCAUGAGCCAGCAGCUGGCGCGGCAAGUUACGGAUCUGUCCGCGGCUGGCGCCAACCUCUUCCACGCCGUGGUCGAGCUGCAACGCCUGCGCGCCAGCUCCGAGAGGAAGUUCCAGAGAUGGUUCUUCGAGACCCGAUCCGAGCUGGAGCGCGCCCACGAGGUGAAUGCCAUGCUGGAGGCGGCCCUCGACAAGGAGAGGAGGGAGCGCGAGCAGGCCAUCCGCGAAGCCAUCGACCACGAGCGCGGAGUAUCCAAGACCCAGAAGCAGCUCGCCGAGAUGAGAAAGGAGCUCGCCAUUUCCAAGGAGGAAGCGCGCCGCGCGUGGGAGGAACUCGGGCGUCGCGAGCAGGAGGAGCGCGACAGGACCCUGUCGCUCCAGUCAGGGCAUCCCACCGUCGUGGGCGGAGUCCAGGUAGUGCCGAUGACCCAGGGCGGCGGCCCCAGCCGACACAGCAGCACCAGGGAGCAGCAGCACGGAGGCUACCAGUCCGACUACCAGCGACCGGCCUAUUCCAUCGAGCAGGCUGCCCAGGGCCGAGGAGGACAGACCACCGCGGGAAGCAGCAGCUCCGGGCAGGGACAAUACCAAUCUGGCCACCAGGAAGAUCCGAGCCGUCGCGCAGGCGCUGGCUCCGAGGGCGGUUACAGCGAAG